UCCGGCUUCACUCAGGCCUGGUGUGGCCCGCUCUGCUGCUCUCUGACUGUGAGGGGGAAUCCAUCGUGACAGGAUACUAGCAGCACCAGCGACUGUAAACAUGGCGGCAUGCACAGCCAGAUGCCUGUGCUACAUGCCCCCUUACUGAAGCCCCGAUCAUAGACACACUUCCAUGAUGGAGACAGAGGAGGAGCAGCAUAUGACCACGCUGUUAUGCAUGGGCUUCCCAGACCCGGUAGCCAUCCGGAAAGCCCUGCGCCUGGCCAAAAACGACAUCAACGAGGCUGUCGCGCUUCUCACCAACGAAAGCCCGGGACUCGGAUACGGCUACGAGCCGAUGGAGAGCGGCCCUUCCCCGGGCUCCGGUCUCAGCGGGGAAGGCGAGAACAGCGGGCGCACGGGGACCGGGGGGUUUGAUCCUCCGCCUGCGUAUCACGAUGUCGUGGAAAGUGAGAGAAGUAAUGAUGAAAAUGGGAACUGUUCUGGGAACUCUAUAGAGUUUCCUACCACUAAUCUGUAUGAGUUGGAGAGCAGAGUGUUCACUGACCACUGGUCCAUCCCAUACAAGAGAGAGGAAUCGCUCGGGAAGUGUCUCAUCGCCUCCACCUGUCUGGCCAGAAUGGGCUUGGCUGAUGCAGAUGAGAAUUGCAAGAGGUUCAUUGACAGAUGUAUGCCUGAGGCCUUCAAGAAGUUGCUGACGUCAAGUGCUGUGCACAAGUGGGGGACAGAGAUUCACGAGGGCAUCUACAACAUGCUGAUGCUGCUGGUGGAUCUCGUUGCUGAGAGAGUCAAACUGGACCCCAUACCCAUCGGCCUCUUGGGAGUUCUUACUAUGGCUUGUAACCCUGACAAUGAGUAUCACUUUAAGAAUCGGAUGAAGGCGUGUCAGAGGAACUGGGCUGAGGUGUUUGGAGAGGACAACAUGUUCGCUGUAUCUCCAAGCUCCAGCUACCAGAAGGAGCCUCACGGCUGGCUGGUGGACUUAGUGAAUCGGUUUGGAGAAAUGGGAGGUUUCACAGCCAUUCAGUGCAAGCUCAACCAGGAAGAGAUCGAGAUAGGGUGUGUAUCAGCUCUGGUUCAACCGCUCGGUGUGUGUGCAGAAUACCUCAACUCCAGCCUGGUGCAGCCCAUGCUGGACCCAGUCAUCCAUAAGAUGAUAACAUAUGUGCAGAAUCUUGAGGAAAAAGACCUCAAAGACAAGCGAUUGGUGAGUAUUCCCGAGCUCUUGUCGGCUAUUAAGCUCCUCUGCAUGCGUUUCCAGCGGGAGCUGGUGAACGUGGUGGAUGAUCUACGGCUGGACAUCCUCCUGCGAAUGCUCAAGACCCCUCACUUCAGUGCCAAGAUGAACUCACUUAAAGAGGUUACCAAACUCAUUGAGGAAAGCACUGUUUCUAAGACUGUGAAGAAUGCCAUUGACACUGAUCGACUGCUGGACUGGCUGGUAGAAAACUCUGUGCUCUCAAUAGCUUUGGAAGGAAACAUUGACCAGGCCCAGUACUGUGACAGAAUUAAGGGAAUCAUUGAGCUCUUGGGCAGUAAGCUCUCAUUGGAUGAACUCUCCAAAAUAUGGAAAAUACAGGCUGGUCAGUCGUCCACUGUGAUCGAGAACAUCCACACAAUCAUCGCUGCUGCCGCUGUCAAGUUCAACUUCGAUCAGCUCAGCCACCUCUUCGUCCUCAUACAGAAAAGCUGGGAGGUUGAAAGCGAUCGUGUCAGACAAAAGCUUUUGAGUCUGAUUGGACGGAUUGGCAGAGAAGCUCGAUCCGAGGCCACCACAGGAAAGGUGUUGGAGGUAUUGUGGGAAUUGGCCCAUCUCCCCACCCUUCCCACUACGCUGGUACAGCAGGCUCUUGAGGAACAUCUCACCAUCCUCAGUGACGCAUACGCCGUUAAAGAAACUGUCAAGAGGAACUACAUCAUCAAAUGCAUCGAGGAUAUCAAGAAGAUACAAAUACAGGAGGAUUCAAAGUCUCCCAGCGAGACACAGGUCUCUUUUCUUACUGGCACCUGGGGCAGGAAGAAACCGAGCUCAUUGGCUAAAUCGUCUCAGCAGAGUAACCCUCAGACAGUGUGGGUGGUUCCAGCCUUACGACAACUUCAUGAGAUUACACGAUCCUUUAUCAAACAGACCUAUCAGAAACAGGACAAGAGUAUAAUCCAGGACCUUAAGAAAAACUUUGAGAUUGUGAAGUUGAUCACAGGGUCACUGGUGUCCUGUCAUCGUUUGGCCAUGUCCGUCGCUGGAUCCAACGGUCUGUCGGGGUCCACGCUAGUGGACGGGCGAUACUCCUAUCAGGAGUAUUUGGAGGCUCACUUGAAAUUCCUCGCGUUCUUCCUUCAAGAGGCCAGUCUGUACCUGGUCUGGAAUAGAGCCAAAGAGAUCUGGGAAUGUUUGGUGUCCGGCAUGGAUGUGUGCGAACUUGAUCGAGAGAUGUGUUUCGAAUGGUUCACUAAAGGACAACAUGAUCUGGAGAGUGACGUUCAACAGCAGCUUUUUAAAGAGAAGAUCCUUAAGCUGGAGCCUUAUGAGAUCACUAUGAACGGGUUUAACCUUUUCAAGACCUUCUUUGAGAACGUGAACCUCAGUGACCACCGUCUCAAACGGCAGGGAACCCAACUGUGUGUGGAGAGGUUGGAUUUGGCUGGGAUGGAUUUCAUAUGGAGAAUCGCGAUGGAGUCUCCGGAUGAGGACAUCGCCAAUGAAGCCAUACAGCUCAUCAUCACCUACAGUUACAUAAACCUCAACCCCAAAAUGAAAAAAGAUUCCGUUUCCUUACACAAGAAGUUUAUUGCUGACUGCUAUAAGAGAUUGGAGGCUGCUAGCUCUGCGCUGGGCGGCCCGACCCUCACGCAUGCUGUUACCCGGGCAACCAAGAUGUUGACUGCCACUGCUAUGCCAACAGUCGCUACAUCAGUACAAUCUCCAUCCAGGUCCAGUAAGCUGGUGAUCAUUGAGAGACUUCUGCUGUUGGCAGAACGCUAUGUUAUCACAAUAGAGGACUUGUAUUCAGUUCCUCGGACCAUUCUACCUCAUGGAGCAUCUUUCCACGGCCAUCCUGUUACACUUCACGUCACAUACGAAUCUACCAAAGACACAUUCACCUUGGAGGCCCACAGCAAUGAGACUAUAGGCAGCAUCAGAUGGAAGAUCGCAGAGCAGCUCAGCUGUCCGGUGGACAAUGUGCAGAUAUUUGCCAAUGACAGCAUGCUGACGAUGAAUCGUGACCAGAAGCUGUUAAACCAGCUGGGUUUCUCUGAUGAGCAGAGUUUGACGGUGAAGAGCUCAGGAACAGGAACUCCAUCGGGCAGCUCAGCGGACAGCUCGGCCUCGGCAAGCUCCAGCAGCAGCGGGGUCUUCAACUCGGCGUACGCUCUCGAACAGGAGAAAUCUCUUCCUGGUGUCGUGAUGGCACUGGUGUGUAAUGUCUUUGAGAUGCUUUAUCAGCUGGCCAACCUAGAGGAACCCAGAAUAACUUUACGCGUGAGGAAGUUGCUGCUGCUCAUCCCGACUGACCCGGAAGUGCAGGAUGCCCUUGAUAACUUUGUGCCAAAAGAGUCCAGCGUCUGGAGUCACCAGAAAACUCUGUUUACACUCGGCUCAGGUUCUCAGGCCUCCAAGUCUCCAUCUCUGUCCAGUAAACAGCAGCACCAGCAGAGUGCAGCGUCCAUCCUGGAGUCUCUCUUUCGUUCAUCCGCUCCGGGCAUGUCCACAUUCAGAGUGCUUUAUAAUUUAGAGGUGUUAAGCUCCAAACUGAUGCCCACAUCUGAUGAUGAAAUGGCAAAAACCAGUGUGAAAUCUUUCUGUGAGAACUUUCUCAAAGCUGGAGGUCUCAGUCUGGUGGUGAACGUCAUGCAGAGAGACUCAGUCCCAUCUGAGGUGGACUAUGAGACCAGACAGGGAGUCUAUUCCAUCUGCCUGCAGUUGGCCAGGUUUCUGCUGGUAGGGCAGGCUAUGCCCAGUAUCCUUGAUGAGGAGUUGAGCAAGGAGGGUCUGGAUACUCUGUCCUCUCGGCCAUUCCGCAACGCCGGGCGGCAGAGUGGGCGUCAACUCUCCGUCUGUGGAACUCCAGAAAAGUCCUCCUACCGACAAGUGUCUAUGUCCGACAGAUCCUCGAUACGAGUCGAAGAAAUCAUACCGGCUGCCCGUGUCGCCAUACAGACAAUGGAGGUUGGAGACUUCACAUCCACGGUAACGUGUUUCAUGCGGCUCACCUGGGCAGCAGCCGCUGGCCGAUUGGACCUAGUCGGCAGCAGCCAGCCAAUAAGAGAGACCACCAACUCUCUUCUACCGCUGGGCGUACGUAGCAGGGUUAGCAGCACAGGCAGUAACUGCAGUUCAGGGAGUGAAGGCGACAUCACGUCCCUACAGGCGGGGAUAUGCGUCAAACAACUGUCUGUGUCCAUCAAAGACACCAUCAUCGCACGAGAGGCGCUUUCUUUACUUGUCACGUGCCUUCAGCUUCGCUCCCAACAACUCUGUUCGUUUUACUCUUUGCCAUCUGUGAACGAUUUCAUUAUUGAUAUUCUGCUGGGGUCGCCCAGUGGUGAGAUCCGUCAUGUGGCGUGCGAUCAGCUAUACACCCUGAGUCAGUCGGACACUUCGGCGUACCCUGAUCUCCAGAAGCCCAACCUCUUCCUGCUGAAGGUGGUUCUGACAGCCCAACUUCCUCUCUGGUCCCCCACCAGCAUCAUGAGGGGCAUUAACCAAAGGUUGCUUUCGCAGUGCACAGAGUAUUUUGACCUGAGGUGCCAACUCCUGGAUGACCUGACUACGUCAGAGAUGGAGCAGCUUCAGAUCAGCCCGGCGGUCAUGCUGGAGGACGAGAUCAGCUGGCUGGAUAAUUUCGAGCCCACUUGGACCAGUGAGUUGGAGACCAGUGAGGCAGAUAACAUCCUGCUGGCCGGACACCUACACCUCAUCAAAACGCUGCUUUCACUGUGCGGCAAUGAGAAAGAGCAGUUCGGUCCGUCUCUGAUCCAGCAGCUGCUAGACGACUUCCUGUUUAGAGCAUCUCGAAUCAUCCUGAACAGUGACAGCUCAUCUAGCACUACAGCAUCUAUACAUGACUUUCACCCAAAGUGCAGUACAGUCAGCAGUCGUCUGGCGGCGUAUGAGGUGCUGGUCAUGUUGUCCGACAGCUCUCUCACUAACAUGCAGCUCAUCACUAAAGAACUGCUGUCCAUGCACCAUCAGUCUGACCCCUCCCUCACCAAAGAGUUUGACUAUCUUCCUCCUGUAGACAGUCGGUCUGUGUCUGGUUUUGUGGGGCUGAAGAACGGAGGUGCCACCUGCUACAUGAACGCAGUCUUCCAGCAGCUCUACAUGCAGCCUGGACUGCCUGAGGCUGUUUUGUCGAUUGAAGAUGACACAGAAAAUCCAGAGGAGAGCGUGUUCUGCCAGGUUCAAUCUCUGUUUGGCCACUUGAUGGAGAGCAAACUGCAGUACUACGUACCUGAGAACUUCUGGAAGAUCUUUAAGAUGUGGAAUAAAGAACUAUUCGUGCGUGAACAGCAGGACGCCUAUGAGUUCUUCACCAGUCUUGUUGACCAGCUUGAUGAACAUCUGAAGAAAAUCGGCCGAGAGCAGAUCUUCAAAAACACAUUCCAGGGCAUUUUCUCCGAUCAGAAGAUAUGCAAAGACUGCCCACACAGGUAUGAGCGUGAGGAGACUUUCAUGGCUUUGAAUCUGGGUGUGACGUCCUGUCAGAGUUUGGAGAUCUCUCUGGAUCAGUUUGUCAGAGGAGAGGUUCUGGACGGAAGCAAUGCCUAUUACUGCGAGAAGUGUAAAGAGAAGCGAAUCACUGUGAAGCGGACCUGUAUAAAGUCUCUGCCCAGUGUGCUGGUCAUCCACCUCAUGCGCUUUGGUUUUGACUGGGAAAGCGGCCGGUCCAUCAAAUACGAUGAGCAGAUCAGAUUUCCCUGGGUGCUGAACAUGGAGCCGUAUACAGUGUCAGGAAUGGCUCGUCAGGACUCGAGCGUGGAUCACGGAGAGAAUGGCAGAGGGGGUGAGGCCGCUUCCGGCGGAUCACCUCGGAAGAAGGUCACCAUCUCUGAGAACUAUGAGCUGGUGGGAGUGGUUGUGCACAGCGGACAAGCCCACGCGGGACACUAUUAUUCAUUUAUUAAAGACCGCCGCGCAAGAGGACGGUGGUACAAGUUUAAUGACAACGUUGUGGAAGAGUUCGACAUGAACGAUGAGACCCUGGAGUACGAGUGUUUUGGGGGAGAGUACAGACCAAAAGUUUAUGAUCAGUCUAACCCCUACCCAGACGUCCGGCGGCGCUACUGGAACGCUUACAUGCUGUUCUACCAGCGGAUCAGUGACCAGAACUCUCCGGUGCUCCCCAAGAAGAGCCGUGUGAGCAUCAUGAGGCAAGAAGCAGAAGAUCUGUCGCUGUCAGCACCUUCCUCUCCAGAGAUCUCACCCCAGUCCUCUCCACGGCCACCCAGAGCCAACAACGACCGGCUCACCCUGCUCACACGCUUGGUCAAGAAAGGAGAAAAGAAGGGACUGUUUGUGGAGAAGAUGCCUGCUAGGAUUUAUCAGAUGGUGAGAGAUGAAAAUCUGAAGUUCAUGAAGAACAGAGACGUGUACAACGGCGAUUACUUUAGCUUCACGCUGUCUCUGGCCUCUGUCAAUGCUACAAAGUUAAAGCAUCCAUCAUAUCAAGCAAUGGCAAAAACCAGCCUGCAGCUCGCCGUUCAGUUUCUCUUCCACACGUACCUGCGCACCAAAAAGAAACUCAGGGUGGACACAGAGGAGUGGAUCGCUACUGUGGAGGUCCUGUUGUCCAAGAGCAGUGAAGCGUGCCAGUGGAUGGUACAGUACCUGGUGUCCCCUGAAGGCCGUGAGAUCAUCAAGAUCUGUCUGUUGGAAUGCAGUGUGCGGGAGGUUCGUGUCGUGGUGGCCACUGUCCUGGAGAAGACGCUUGAGAGCGCUCUGUAUUUCCAGGAUGCAGGACUGGACUGUCUGUUAGACAUGCUGCUCUCUCUUUUGGAUAAAGACGUAGCAGACAACUGCAAGAACUGCUCGCAGUACUUCAGCCUCUUCAGUAACUUUGCACAGAGGGGUACUGGGCCGUGUCAGCUGCUGCUGAAACAUUCAGCCUAUCGCCGGAUGCUUGUAUUCCUGCUGGGACCCAACCGACAAAGCAACCAGCAUCGUCGCUGGAGUUCAGCACAGGCUCGUGAGUUCCUGCAUCUUCACAACACUUUGGCCCUGAUUGUGCUCCACACGGACCUCGCGUCUCAGAGGACGGAGGCCCAAGGAGUGUUUAAGCAAAGUUCUUCGGGACUGGUGGCUUCAUCUUCUCCUCUCCUGCCUCUAGAUUCAGACAUCAACACAUUGCUCUUCAAAUCUGAGGGUCAGACGUAUCUCAUGGAGGUGAUGUUUGCCAUGCGUGAGCUGUCAGGCCCUCUGUCGUUCCUCAUAGAGAUGAUAACAUAUUGCUCCUUCUGUAAUGAGCCUUUCUCACUGGAGGUUUUGCAGUUACUCAAGAACCAUCUGGAGACGGCUCCUCCCCAUGAGCUGAAGAACGUCUUUCAGCUGCUUUUGGAGAUCCUGAUGGUAGAGGAUCCUCUGCAAUCCCAGCGACUCAAAUAUGCAUUUGAAUCUGAAAAGGGGCUUCUGGCGUUAAUGCAUCAGAGCAACAACGUGGACAGCAGCCGUUGCUACCAGUGUGUGAAGUUCUUGGUCACACUGGCUCAGAAAUGUUCCCCAGCUAAAGACUAUUUUAAAGAGCUCUCGGGACAUUGGAGCUGGGCUGUGCAGUGGCUACAGAAGAAGAUGUCUGAACACUACUGGACGCCUCAAAGUAACGUGUCAAAUGAGACGUCCACAGCUAAAACCUUCCAGCGCACCAUCUCAGCACAGGACACAUUGGCUUAUGCUACAGCUUUACUCAAUGAGAAGGAUCAGUCUGGAAGCAGUAAUGGUUCAGAUGGCAGUCCAGCCAAUGAGAACUCAGACAGAAGUCUCCGACAGGGAUCAGAAUCGCCAAUGAUGUUGGGGGAUUCUCGAAGUGAUUUGGAAGACGUGGACCCUUAACUCUCCCGAUUGUUUUUACACAGCGAAACGCAUACGUUUCCCUCCGACAGAAAGAUGUUGAGGCUCUAAAGAGACAAUCAGAUACUAGCAUUUGAUCUCGGGACUGGAAUUGAAGCGCCUGCAACAGACGAGCCCAUCCGAGCUCUCGCUCUUCAGGUCACCUCGCUGGAGUUGCAAACGGACACGAAAAUCUCGAGUUUUUUAUCUCCCGAAGGUCAUCGGUUAAAGCCUGAUGGGAUAAAGUUAAAGUUCAGGUCUCGGGAAGUUCAUGUUUCUGUCAGACAAACGGGGGAUAAUAAAAACGGAGGGUUACCUUUGAAAUUUUUACACAGAUGCAACGGUGCCAGAGGGGACGUUUUAACGGAAAUCAAGUCAGCGUGUAUUUGCCAAUGUAAUUAAGUAGAUACUAUUCAUGAGAAAUGUAAAGAUGUGUUCCAUACGUGUAAUUUCAAAUGUAAAAUAAUAUUUUUAAGAAUC